CGCGUUUGUCCAAUAUGGCGGCGCCCAGUGGCGGUGUGAACUGUGAGGAGUUCGCUGAGUUCCAGAAUUUUUCUAUCUACCACCACAUUUUAGAACAAUAGACAAAGAGGGACUAGAGCAAGCAAUUAUGCUGGAUUGUCUGGGACAAUUUGAGGAAUUACUCAAGGUGAUGAGGACGAUUGAUGACAGAAUAGUACAUGAAUUAAACACUACGGUUCCAACAGCUUCCUUUGCAGGGAAAAUUGAUGCAAGCCAAACCUGUAAACAACUUUAUGAGUCUUUAAGGGAGGCUCAUGCCAGCAGGGACAGAGUCAUAAAAAAUUGUAUAGCUCAGACCUCAUCAGUAGUAAAACAGCUCCGAGAAGAGAGAGAAAAGAAUUUGGAUGAUUUAACGUUAUUAAAGCAACUUAGAAAAGAACAGACAAAGUUGAAAUGGAUGCAGUCAGAACUGAAUGUUGAAGAAGUUGUAAAUGACAGGAGCUGGAAGGUGUUUAAUGAACGCUGUCGAAUUCACUUCAAGCCUCCAAAGAAUGAAUAAAAAGAUACUUUAAAAAAAAAAAAAGGACCGGGACAUCUCAUAAGAGCUAAGCAUGACAGACAUCAACAAGGUGGGCUUCCUAGGAUGAUUUCUGAGCCAACAGUCCAAGACCUUUUGUUGAUUUCAGCCCCACUUAGCCAAGACCUUAAGUACAAAUAAUUCUGAUAAUUAUGGAGAAAUCAACUGCUAUUUUAUACUGAUUCUGUAAAAAAAAAAAAAAAAAAAGAUGUUUUGUAACUAUUAAAAUAAUUUUCUGACUCAGUGUA